AUGCGGCCGCAGCGGGAAUAUCAUAUCGUCGUAUUAGGCGCCGCUCAAUUCGUCCAGAAUGUCUGGAUCGAGAGCUACGAUCCGACCAUUGAAGAUUCAUACCGGAAGCAGAUCGAGGUGGACGGCCGACAAUGCAUACUAGAAAUCCUUGAUACCGCAGGAACAGAACAGUUUACGGCUAUGAGAGAGCUGUACAUGAAACAAGGCCAGGGGUUCCUCCUCGUAUUCUCCAUCACCAGCAUGUCUUCAUUGAACGAGCUAUCUGAAUUACGAGAACAAAUCACCCGCAUCAAGGACGACGAGAAAGUCCCCAUUGUAAUUGUGGGAAAUAAGUCGGAUCUAGAGGAGGACCGAGCGGUGCCUCGGGCUCGCGCGUUUGCUCUGUCCCAGAGCUGGGGCAAUGCUCCUUAUUACGAGACUUCCGCUAGGCGACGAGCCAACGUCAACGAAGUCUUCAUCGACCUCUGCCGACAAAUCAUCCGAAAGGACUUGCAGGGAAACUCGUCCAAGGCUCAGAGGGCCAAACGCGGAAGCGGGAAGGUCCCAAUCGAGGCGAGAGAAAGAAGGAAAGAAGACGACAACCUCGACGGCGGGGGCCAUGUGUGA